GAAGAGCUAAUAAUGUCAUCAUCAAGUUCUUACAAUCCUCCUUGUGCUGCCUGCAAGUUUUUGAAAAGAAAAUGCAUACCGGGCUGCGUUUUUGCACCUUAUUUUCCACCUGAAGAUCCACAGAAAUUCAUGAAUGUUCACAAAAUCUUCGGUGCCAGCAACGUCACGAAGCUUAUAAACGAUGUUUUACCCCACCAGAGAGAAGACGUGGUUAGUUCACUUGCGUAUGAAGCCGCGGCUCGUGUUAGAGAUCCCGUUUAUGGUUGUGUGGGAGUCAUCAGUUCCUUGCAACAACAAGUUGAUCGCCUUCAAAAGGAUCUUGAUGCUGCAAAUGCGGAACUGAUCCAACAUGUGUGCAAUGGGAUGCCUGUAUUAACUUCAAUUCAGCCAGUGACUCCAGCGGGUCCUUAUCAUCAUGUUAAUCGUACCUGGAAUAGGCAGAACGGUUUGAAUUCUCAUGGGAACGCGGGUGGUAACAGUGGUAGCGGUGGUGGAUGGUGGUGGUGGUAG